AUGUCUUCUCCGGUUCUCAAGUCAAAAGAAGAGCUCGGCCAGGCCAAUGUUGACCAUGCCGAGGUUCUGGCCAACCCGGAUCUCAUGAAUGAUGCUUUCGAUGCUGAACAGCGUGAGCACGAGCAGAGCACUUGGGCAGCCGCAAAGAGCCACCCAUGGGCAUGCUUCUGGGCAUUCGUCAUGUGCUUUACUAUCGUUAUGGAAUCGUUCGAUAUGUUCUUGAACGGAAACUUUGUCGCCCUUCCCGCAUUCCAGAAACACUACGGCGUUCACGUUGAAGGACAUGGCUGGACUAUCCCAACAAGAUGGCAGAGUGCACUCUUUCAAGCUGGUCAGUGUGGUGCCUUUGUCGGUGUUUUUGUCGCCGGACCUAUCACCAACCGCUUCGGUUACCGAUGGACAACCAUGUUUGCAUUGAUGCUUAUGAAUGCCACCAUCUUUAUCUCGUUCUUUGCCGAUUCGCUAGAACUACUCGUUGUCGGACAAGCUUUGGAAGGUGUGCCAUGGGGCUUCUUCAUUGCCAACUCUCCUGCAUACGCCAGUGAGAUCGUGCCUCUUGCUCUUCGAGGUGCUUGUACUGCUACACUGCAGAUGAGUUGGUCUAUUGGAUCCAUCAUUGUCGCAGGUGCCACAUACGCCUACAACAAGCGCGAUGACCAAUGGGCCUGGCGCGUGCCCCUGGCUUUGCAGUGGCUGUUUCCUACCCCUCUCUUGAUCCUCGUCUUCCUCGCACCCGAGUCACCCUGGUGGCUCAUCCGAAAGGGCCGCAAAGACGAAGCUCUGCGAUCCAUUGAGCGUCUCGGCAGCAAAGACAAGGAGGACUCUCACCAGAAGCUUGCCAUGAUAGAGAGAACUGUUGAGAUUGAGGAGAAGCUCGGUGGAAGCCCUUCCCUUCUCGAUCUUGUCAAGGGUACCGACUUGAGACGAACAAUCAUUACUUGUUUGAUCUAUGCUUCUCAGAAUUUUGCUGGUAACUUGAUUGCCAACCAAGCCACAUUCUUCUUUGAACAGGCUGGUGUGUCAACUGAGCGUGCCUUUCAACUUAAUUUGAUCAACUCAUGCCUUCAAUUCGUCGCCAACAUCAUUUCACUUCCCGUUGCAGGAUUCUUCGGCCGCCGUACAAUCUACCUCUGGGGUACAGUCACCAACGUUACCUUCCUCUUCCUCCUCGGUGUUGUCGCCUCCAUCCACCAGAACAGCGCCACCAACUACGCACAAGCUGUCCUCGGCAUAUUGAUCUCCUUCGUUUACGCUGGAAGUCUUGGACCCAUCUCUUACACCAUCAUCGCCGAGACAUCUUCCGUCCGUCUCCGCGCUCUGAGCACUGGUGUCGGUCGUGCCGCUUAUUACAUUGCCGAGAUCCCCAUGAUUUACCUGGCCUCUCAAUUGCUCAACCCCACAGGAUGGAACCUUGCUGGCAAGUGUGGAUAUGUCUGGGGAGGCACUGCAGUUGUCUGCUUUGUGUCGGCGUACUUCUUCCUUCCUGAGCUGAAGGAUCGAUCGUACCGUGAGACGGAUAUCUUGUUCAAGCGCAAGGUUCCUGCGCGCAAGUUCAAGUCGACCGUUAUCGAUGUCCGAGACAACGAGUAA